AUGAUUUACAAGCUUUUUUUUGUCUGUCCAGUGGAAGAUCCAUUAGGAAAUUCACUGUUAAUAUGCAAGAAUUAUCAUCAUUUUAGAUCUUCAGUAGAUCCUUAUUUAAAAUCUACAUAUCAUGAAUAUGCUAUGGAACAUGUAGAGACAGUGCGGCCAUAUUUGAAAAAUAUUCAGGAAAAUGUGAAUAAAUACGGGAAACCUGUUGUUUUUCACAUAAGGGAUAAGUACAAUGUAUAUGCACAUCCGUACGUUCUGCAUAUGAAAGAUAGUGCAUAUCAAUAUAUUCAAAAACACAUACAACCUGUAGGAAUAAGGUAUUUUAAGGUGUGCAAUGAAUUUUACAAAGAUACCUUGAAAAAAUAUGUAAUCUAUUUCGAAAAUAUUUACUGGAAAAGUAUUCAUCCAACUGUUUACAUGAGCACUCAAAUAACCUAUAAUUUUUACAAGUCUAAAUGUAUUACAUUUUACAGACAAGUUAAACCUUAUGCAAUUCAAUUGCUGAAAACAACAUAUAUGUUUUGUAAGAAAGAGGUCUAUCCACGAAUUAUACGAAUUUUAUUUAAGUUCAAGGACUUUUUUUUUUCAUAUAUUGUUCCAAAAUUUAAUCUUUUAUGGGAAACACAUGUAAAACCACAGUUGGAAAGAAUUUAUGAACGUAUUUUUCAAUACAAAGAAAUAGAUUCUGAUACGUUAAAAGUGCAAUCUGAUAAAAGGAGUGGAUCUUCUUUAAAUCAAAAUACUUAUCCAAAAGAGUCUGUAUCUAAACAAAAACAUAAUACUCAAACUUCUCCUAGUCAUUUAGAUGAUCAAUUAAUUUCAGAAAUGCUAUCUUUAUGGACUGAUAAUCUCAAUAAAAUUAGUAAAGGAAUAGAAAACUUAUUAAUUGAUGAUUUAGUAAAUGUGUUAUUACCUAUUAUAUAUAAAAAAGAAAAAGCUACAAUUCAGAAUCUUCUUACUGAAUUAAAUUUAUUAGUAGAUUCAGAGAUUUCUAAAAUAAAAAAUAAAAUUAUAUCAAAAAAUAACGUUCUUAAAAAUGUUAAUAGCAAGGAUGCUUAUUAUAAUAUAAACGAUAUUAAAGAAUCAGGGAAAACAAUCCAUACUAAAGCAUUAGAAAUAAGAACUUAUCUUAAAUCUAUUGAAAACGAUUGCAAAAAAAAAAUAAUUAAAAAAUCUAAAUUAAGUUUUAAUCAAAUUGUAAUAUUUCAAUCUGAAAUGGUCUCAUUGUUUGAAGUAUUUAUUAAAUCAAAUAUUAAAAAUGAAAAUCAUAAAAAGAUAUAUGAUAAAUAUUUUAAUUUUGAAACCCUUAUUAAUACAAUUGAAAAACAACUUUUUGAUUCUGUAUUAAAUUCUACUCUUUCUAGUCUUAAACAAAUACGAAACUUAUCUAUAAAAGCCGAAAUUACACUAAAUAACAUCGCUGGAUUAGCGGCAAGGCAGUUAAAAGACUUUAAAUCUGUCAAUGCCUCAAAUACUAUUAUACAAAAACUUUAUAAUGACUCUGUCAACGAAAAUCAUACUUUUUCACAAAAUAUAUCUGAAAGAUCGCAUGCUCAAGCUUUUCAAAAUAAACAAGAAGAGAACAGCAAAGCAGAACCAGAAAGCUCUGUUUUAAAUGCAAAUCCCAACUCUCAUACAGAAAUACAAGACAAUUCUUCCAUUUCAAAAUGA